AUGGUUAGAACCCUGCGACAAUCACUGCGCUUGUCUCAGUCCUUGGCAAGCAGUGCUACCGCUGGUCUGGAUGUGUGGGGGGGAGCUGCGUCUGUCGCCGAAGACGUGCGCUCUGCAGAAGCGUGGCAGAGCAGGGUCGAGACGGUCGAGUGGUUUUGCGAUCAGUUCAAAGAUUUGCUGAUUGCAAACCCAAAGUUGUUUGAGUUUAUGUCGCCAUUGCUGGUUGUCGACGAUCAACUGUGGGAGGCAGGGUUAGAGGAAGCCAGACAUGCCUUGGCAUUGCAAACAACAUCAUCUCCUGACAAGGACCCUGAUCCAUCGGCAGUCCAGCGAAUCAACAAGCGGCUAAGAAUUUUCAUGUCAUUCCUUCGAGAACAUGGUAAGGAAAUCAGAAUGUGUCCAGAAAGCUUGGCAGCGCUACCGAACCCCUUCAAUGAUGCCACUCCAAAGCGGCAGUGGGAAUCCGCUUGCUAUCAGUGCAGGCAGCUGUGGCGCUCUGCGCAGCAUUCUACAGCUCUCCCUGAGACACCUUCUUCCGAUGUGUGGGGCGGUUCUGAGAUUGUAGUUCGAUUUGCGGUGACAGGCGAACAGCUUUUGCUGCUGAGGGUCCCAAGUGAGGAACAGAGCUUGCUUGACUUGGUCAGAUCAGCAGUGAGCUCUGCUGGAUGGUGCCACCGCUUCUGUGUGGUUGCGAGUGCAUCUGGCCACUUGAUUUCGGAACAUUGCACAUGGCAGAGCGCCGGCGUGCCAAGCGGUGUAGAUGUUAUUCUACUACCGCUGACACGGGAGUUCACACAGCAGAUGUUUGAAGCCGUCGGAAGUGGUCGGGCGCGCGCUGUCAAGAACUUUCUUCAGCAAGGGCAAGACCCCAACAGCCGGUCAGAUGGCGUUCCGGUCUUGAUCGCUGCCAUCAAUUCGAUGAGCGCCGAAGAAGAGCUUGUGACUUUGCUGGUUGAUGGUGGCGCAGACCCAGAUGCCUGCGAUGACAGGCAGGUUCCGGCAUUGCAUUAUGCCAUGUUGAGCUGCAGGCCUGCCCUUGUGAACAAGCUUCUGAAUAGCAAGGCUAACCCACACGUACGAGAUCAUCGCCUCAACACUGCCCUGCACACUGCCGAGUUUUCGCGGCUGGAGAGCGUGCAGAGUCUGCUGGCGCACAGGGCUGACCCAUUGGCGGAGAACGUUGACGGUGACACACCCUUUUCUCUGCGCAAGCGUAGCGCUGACAUCAAUGCUUGCAUCAUGGAAAAAGCUUGGGGCCGUCUCACUAUGCAGCACAUUCUUGUCAAGUGCUUGGGAGACCUCUCUCAGUGUUGCGCUUUGCAACAGCUACAACUUACAUGCGUGACCAUCCACAAGCAAUACACCAGCCUCAGCAUAGAGUAUGCGCAGGGAAGCUCGUCAGAGGUCGAUCAACCAGAUCAAGGCCUUGCUGAUGCACAGAUUGAUGCUGUAG